UUAAAAGCAAAAUCUUAAUGUAAAAUAUUUAUUUAAAAAUUACUUUUAGUCGAAUUGUCAGUGAAACUUUCUUUUUCAACCCUGUUUUCACAUGAAAUUGAGUUCAGAUAGCAUAAACAUAUCACAAUAAUGUCGCAGCUUCUCAGAACCUAUUUAAGUUACCUUUCAACUCUAAUUAUAUUUGUGUUAACCAAGUCUUGCUGUCAAGGCUUAAUCAAGCUCUUGAGGGAAAGUCCCCGGACCAAUUGAGAGAGUCUUUUCUUUAACAAGAUUACAUUCUCAUUGAAUUCAAUUGCCGAGAAGAUGAAUCAAUCUGAGCCUAGUUGAAGUUCAAUGAAUUCAAUGGUCUACAUUGAAAGUAAAAUGCAAGAAGCAUUCCUAAUCAGGAAUGUCAACAGAAUGGGGCUUACUCUGGUUUAACACACUUUUUGUUGAUUCGCUUAUCGCCUGUGUUUACCUGAACAUUUUAAAUUUCAUUUUUACUUUAUUAUCUGGUAAAGAAACCGAAUGAAGAUCGUGUUGCAACUUUUAUUGGUGAAAUACCUUUAGGACCUUUUCGAGUGAAAUUAUACUGCUAUUAGAUUAUUACCAGUUCAUCUUACCAAGCUGUGACGAUCUCUGGGACGUUGCUAAAUGACAGCAUCAACUUUCACUGGAAUGACUAACCUGGAAUCACUGGAUUUGAGCAAUAACCUUUUGACUAAACUGGAGCGAAAUGUCUUCAAAGAAACCAAAAAACUGAAAUCACUGGAUGUUUCUUAUAAUAAGGUGACUGAGCUUGGAAAGUCGGAUUUGACUGAUUUAAUCAAUUUAUUCUCCUUCAACUGUUCACAUAACAAAAUUGCCAAGCUAGGACGAUCUCUUCUCAGUCGUAAUGCUCAGCUGAGAGAAAUCAAUUUAUCUCACAAUCAAUUGAAGGAAAUUGAUUCUUACCUAUUGAAAGGAGUUCGUUUCUUGAAGGAUAUCAACUUGCAAGGCAACAAUAUAACAACUAUUGCCAAAAACGCUUUCAGUUCAACUACUCGAUUAAAAAACUUGAACCUGGCUUAUAACCAACUGGUCGAGUUGACCCAAGAAGUAUUUAAAGAUCUUCAAGGGUUAGAUCGAUUGGAUUUGUCACAUAAUGGAAUCAAAACAAUUGAAAGAGCUUCAGAGAGAGGUUGAUGCAUCUCAUAAUAGGAUCAAAAAAUGUUCACGAUUCCAAUAUCUCUGAAUACUCUUCACCUUCAACAUAACCAGAUUGAUACAAUAAACUCAGGAACAUUUCCAACCAUGAACGCCUUGCUUGAACUAUACCUUGAUUCAAACAAAAUUAAAUCAUUGGAACCUGGAUCAUUGGCUAGUCUGUUGGGUUUAAGAUCUCUUUCACUUCAUAACAAUAGUUUGUCAACGGUUCCAAGAGAUGCUUUACAACAAUUGACUUCUCUGUCUUAUCUUGAUCUGAGUAACAACAAUAUCACUCAUCUCGAGGCGAAACAGUUUGGCUCGUUACCUGUUGUAUUUGAGCUUUACCUUCAAUCAAACAAGAUUAAUCAAAUUGAUAAUGGAGCCUUUGAAGGAUUACUCCAGCUAAUUAAACUUAACCUGAGCAACAAUGAUUUGAAAUUACUUGAGCCUGGAGUAUUUAAGACUCUUGUUUCAGUGCGAACCUUAGAUUUGUCAUUCAACAAAUUGAACAAACUGGAAAACAAGACUCAUGGUAUUCUGGAAGAUUUAUUAUCAUUGGAAAAUCUAAAUGCUAGCCACAAUUUAAUUUCAUUUGUCAAUGAUAGGACUUUUCCCCGAUCUCCUUAUAUUCCUUACAAUUACAUCCCAACAUUGACACCCAUUUUUGACCAUGGAUUAUGGCGAGUGGAAAGAUUGAUACUCCGAGGAAACAUAAUCAAUGAAAUCAAGUCCAACGUGUUAUCAAAUAUGACUGAGCUUCGAGAACAUAUUGGAAUAUUUGUCCAUUGCUGAAAACAAGCUUUCAUCUAUCAAUAUGGUUGAAAUUGAAUCAAUGAGAUCCCUUAAAGUAUUCAAUAUGAGUUUCAACAGAUUCUCAGUUUUACCAAGUAAACCAUUGGUUCGUAUGCUUCGCCAUGGA